AUGGCCCCCGUGCAGCAGCCCAUUCCGGUCGUCCCAACCACGACGACGGUUGCUCAUCCUGCAUGGGACAGCGAUCAAGACCUAGAAGACGAGUUUCAUAGAUCAGAGCCAUUUCCGGACGAAGGCUUUGACGUACUCUCAUGUAGAGGCUGGAUAAACAGCGUAUCGAUUCUUUUAUUGAUUACAGGGCUAAUGACGCUUUUCGUUGGGUACCCUAUACUGGACCAUUUCCAGCACCUUCCGCCACCGAUCCAUGGCUACAACAUUGGGGGCAUCAAUGGGACUGGUCAGAUCCCUGUUCUUCCCGGCCUACCGAGGAUGAUAGAUGCCGAUACGCCCUCCUCGGCUUUGACGCGUACAGGAUGGGACGGGAAAAAGUAUGAUCUUGUCUUCAGUGACGAGUUCAAUGUGGAUGGCCGAACGUUUUACCCUGGGGAGGACCCGUAUUGGGAAGCUGUUGAUCUCUAUUAUUGGCCCACAAAUGACGUGGAGUGGUAUGAUCCCAGUGCCAUCACAACAAAGGGCGGAAAAUUGGUGAUUACGAUGAAGGAAGUACAAAAUCAUAACCUGAACUUCAUGAGCGGGAUGCUAACAUCGUGGAACAAGCUGUGUUUUACUACCGGCUACAUAGAAGUUUCAUUAAGUUUGCCUGGUAGUGUAACGGCUCCAGGUUUCUGGCCAGCCGCUUGGACGAUGGGGAACUUGGGCAGAGCAGCCUACGGCGCAACCACGGAGGGAACUUGGCCAUAUACGUACGAUUCAUGCGAUUCCGGUACGUUCAUCGGCCAAACUGGGAAAAACGGACAGCCCGCAUCCUCUGCAACCGGCGGCGCAACCGGCGGACCAAUAAGCGGCCUCCCAGGACAAAGAUUAUCUGCGUGCUCUUGUCCUGGGUCCGAUCACCCAGGACCAAAGUACGACGUUGGCAGAGGGGUCCCAGAAGUCGAUAUCAUUGAAGCCAGAAUCGACACGAGCCGCGUCGUAGGCCAGGCGUCUCAGACUUUCCAGGUGGCCCCUUAUAACUAUCAACUCCAGUUUGUCGACACCUCGCCGGCGACGACCAUAUAUAAUCAAAGUAUGACGCAGGUCAAUAGUUUUAAAGGGAACUCACUUCAGCAAUCGGUUUCUGCCCUGGCAGAUAUUGGAUCGCAGUUCUAUGGGGGCCAGGCUUAUGCGCCGUACGGAUAUGAACUUUGGUCUGAUCCAAACAAUCGACAAGACGGGUAUAUAACUUGGUUCAGUAAUGGUAAACCGACGUGGACUGUCACUUCUGCUUCCGUGGGGCCAGAUCCGGUUUCCCAGGUUGGCCAAAGACUUAUUUCGGAGGAACCCAUGUAUGUCGUCCUGAAUUUUGGUAUGUCGCCAGAUUUCCAACCCCAGGAUUACAAGCACCUCGUAUUUCCGAGUCAAAUGUUUGUGGACUAUGUCCGCAUUUACCAACGCGAGGGAGUCAACAAUGGAAUGACUUGUGACCCUCCCAAUCGCCCUACAGCGAACUACAUCAAUCAACAUUCCGUGCCAUACAAUAAUCCGAACCUUACGACAUGGGCGUCUGCGAAUUUCUCAUUUCCUCGAAACUCGCUUUACGAUGGAUGCUGAUAUGUAACCCAAGUCAUGACGAUCAUGAGACAAUUAUGAAAAUAGACGAUCUUUGCCGUGUAUCCAAACAGGCAUAAUAUAUGUAGCACUAACCAG